UCCAUUAGAGAUAUGCAAUGCACAUAUAAUUGGUUUUCUCUUUAAUUAAUUUAAUUAAGUGAUGUUAAGUGCAAUAAAUAUUUCAGAUUAGUAACCAUCCAUGCCUUGCCACGUGUAUAUGAAAUAUACCAAAAGCCAUGCCAACUAAAGCUUUAUAGCUACCCAAUAGCCCAGAUUGACAUUCUUACACUUGCUUCCUUCCCAUAAUAUCUUAAGUCAUUGCUUUGCUUAGAGAGUCUAAAGAUGGAUUCAGUCAUUGAAACAAAGAAGCCUCACGCAGUGUGUGUUCCAUUUCCAGCACAAGGCCAUGUUAACCCCAUGAUGCAAUUGGCCAAGCUUCUACACUCUAGAGGCUUCCAUAUAACCUAUGUCAACACUGAGUUCAACCACAGGCGAUUGAUCAGAUCCAAAGGACUGGACUCAGUGAAAGGCCUAUCUGACUUUCACUUUGAGACCAUACCUAAUGGUUUGCCACCAUCAGAUCGUGAUGCAACCCAAGAUAUUCCAUCAUUAUGUGACUCAACUAGAAACAACUGUUUAAGUCCGUUUAAAAAGCUUUUACAUAAGCUUAACAAUUGUUAUGAAGUGCCUCCUGUUACUUGUAUCGUUACCGAUGGGUUAAUGACUUUUGGGAUAGAAGCUGCACGGGAGUUUGGGAUUCCAGAGGUUGUGAUAUGGACAUCUUCUGCUUGUAGCUUCCUGGCGUAUCUCCAUUACGAUGAACUUGUCAAAAAAGGUCUCGUACCUUUCAAAGAUGAAAACUUCAUGAAAGAUGGCACGCUUGACACACCAAUAGACUGGAUUCCCGGCUUGAGAGACAUAAGACUAAAGGACUUACCAAGCUUCAUCAGAGUGUUAUCAACUGAUGAUAUAAUGUUUGAUUUUUUAGGAUCACAAGCAAGGAAUUGCCUGACUUCUUCAGCUAUAAUCUUCAACACAUUUCAAGAGCUAGAUCAAGAAGUACUAGAUUCAAUCUCAGUUAUAUUUCCAAACAUCUAUACUAUAGGACCACUUUUUAUGCUUCACCGUCAUCUUCCAGUUGAAAGUCAAGUUAAGUCCAUGAGUACAAGUUUAUGGAAAGAAGACUCAACAUGUAUCAACUGGCUUGAUAAAAAGGAACCCAAUUCAGUUGUGUAUGUAAACUACGGAAGUAUCACAACAAUGACUGAAGACAAUCUCAAAGAGUUUGCAUGGGGACUUGCCAAUAGCAAUCACUCGUUUGUGUGGAUAGUUAGGCCUGAUGUUGUAAUGGGUUCUAAUUCGGCUAAAGUUUUGUCUGAAGAUUUUUUCGAGGAGAUUAAGGACAGAGGGUUAUUGGUAAAUUGGUGCUCACAAAAGAAUGUUUUGGAACAUUCUUCUGUUGGGGUUUUCUUAACUCAUUGUGGUUGGAACUCUACUAUAGAGACCAUUUGUGCUGGUGUUCCUGUGAUUUGCUGGCCUUUCUUUGCUGAUCAACAAACCAACUGCCAUUUUGCUUGUAAGACAUUGGGUAUAGGGGUGGAAAUUAGCCCUGAUGUCAAAAGAGAAGAAGUCUCAAUGCUUGUGAAGGAGAUGAUGGAAGGAGAGAAGGGAAAGAAAAUGAAGGAAAAAAGUUUGUAUUGGAAGAAGAAAGCGUAUGAAACUACUGAUAUUAAAGGUGAUUCUUAUAAUAAUUUUGAUAAGCUGAUUAGGGAGAGUCUCCACUAUAUAUGAUAGAAAGUAAUAUUUGGGUUUGUGAUUUAGUUUCACUAGAUUGUGUUAAAAAAAAGAUAUAUUCAUUAAAUUGAAUGUAUGAUUUAUAUGAAUUAUUAUGAUCUAUUCUAUUUGUAUACAAUUAUAAUGAAAAAAAAAAAAAAUUGCAGUGCCUUUCAAAAA